GCUGGCUGCAGUCAAGAAUAUCAGGAAAGAAGGGAAGUCAAGUAGCUAACACGUUGCGGCUACAUUAUAGUUAUUUAUGAAACAUAAUUUUUAACUUGGCGGGAAUAACUGAUGACUGAUUCAUAAACGGUUACUUUAAAGGACAAGACGGUUCACUUUCGCAGAAUGGCGGGGUGAGAAGGCAUUCUGACGGACAGUUCCUGUUUUGGAAACGCUCGAGGGUAGUUGUGACGGCUCGUCAGGCGACACCCAGCCCUGGUGUCGAAUCGCUCAAGCUAAGAAAAUAUGUCGUCGCAGGAAGGGGAGGAGCCACCCCCCAACGGCAGCCAAUCAGACAGCCGAUUGAAAAGCAAGAAGCCGCCCAGUCUGGUCAUAGCCAUCCCGCCCCCAGAAGAGGAGCAGCAAGAGAGAGUUGAUCCUGUGAAACAGCUCCUGCGUCCGUCCCUGAAGAAGAGUGUGAGUGUGCAGCAGGCCAGUCCCCUGUCUGAAGCCGGCUCCGCAGGGGGAGGAAGAGGAGGGGGAGACGGCUCCGCAGGGGAGAGGAGGGCGGCCUUCCACAGGCAGACCUCCCUGUCACAGAGCAUACGCAGAGGAACAGCCCAGUGGUUUGGCGUGGGGGAGGACUGCGAGACCAAGCAGCAGUUAUGGCACCGGAAGAGCCUGCGGCACUGCAGCCAGCGCUACGGCAAGCUCAAGGCCCAGUACCGGGAGCCGGAGACCAUCGGCAGCAUGGACCAGGGCCUCGACUCACCUGCUGCCUCCAAGAUGCCCAAGAUCGUCGACCCCCUGGCCCGGGGCAGGGCCUUCCGCUACCCAGACGAGCCGGAUCGCGGCCCUCGGACCCCCCACACGGCGCUGGGGCCUCUGACCCCCGGGGUGACCUCCCUCUGCUCCUUCACCAGCCAGCGCUCGGGCCCCGCAUGCCUCCCCCGCCGCAAGAGGGAGUCGGUGGCCCGCAUGAGCAUCCGCGCUGCCUCCAACCUGCUGAGGGGACGUACGGGUUUGGCGGGCUCCCAGACGGGCCGCAGUCACCCCCGCCGCAGCUUCGCCAGGCCCAGCUGGUUGGAGGAGGACACGGUGGACUCUGCCGACACCAACGUGUUCUACAGCAAGGUGGAUGCCCAUGAUGAGCUGUACUCUAUGGCGGACGAUGUGUUCGAGUCUCCCCCCAUGUCGGCCUCCUUCGCCCCCACGGACCACGCCGAGCCUUACCAGAGCCACAAGGACGUCUCCAAGGCCCCCGCCGCCCUGCACGACGCCACCAGGGGGCCCCAGCGCGGCCAGCGCAUCGCCUCCAAGGUGAAGCACUUUGCCUUCGACCGGCCCAAGCGGCAGUACGGGAUGGGCGUGGUGGGCAAGUGGCUGAACCGCCACUACCGCCGCAGCAUCAGUAGCCACGUACAGCAGCAGCUGGACGACUUCCACAGUCACAGGCCCUACUUCACCUACUGGAUCACCUUCGUCCACGUGGUCAUCACCCUGCUGGCUUGCUGCACCUACGGCUUCGCCCCUGUGGGGUUCGCCCAGCACUCCUCCUCCGACCUGGUGCUGAAGAACAAGGGCAUCUAUGAGAGCGUCAAGUACGUCCAGCAGGAGAACUUCUGGAUCGGGCCUGGUUCUGAUGACCUGAUCCAUCUGGGGGCCAAGUUCUCCCCGUGUAUCCGGCAGGACACCCAGAUAGUCAGGCUCAUCCAGAUGGCCAAGGACCUGGAGAGAGAGUCUGGCUGCUGCGUCCAGAAUGACAACUCUGGCUGUGUCCAGACUCUCUCAACCCAGUGCUCGGAAACUCUGGCCACCUUUAUAAAGUGGAAGAACACGGAUGUGGACGUCAUCAGGUCCUCUGGAUCUGUGUGUCACCAGGACCCCAGGACCUGCGAGGAGCCUGCCUCGGCGGAGCCCCACGUCUGGCCAGACGACAUCACGCAGUGGCCGGUCUGCACGUACCCCCGGAAGUCCAACCACACGGGCUACAGACACAUGGACUGCAACAUCAAGGGAAGGCCCUGCUGCAUAGGGACCAAGGGCAGGUGUGAGAUCACUACAAGAGAAUACUGCUCAUUCAUGCAUGGGUACUUCCACGAGGAAGCCACCCUCUGCUCCCAGAUCCACUGUCUGGACGACGUGUGCGGCCUGCUGCCCUUCCUCAACCCAGACGUGCCAGACCAGUUCUACAGGCUGUGGCUCUCCCUCUUCCUCCACGCCGGCCUGCUGCACUGCCUGGUGUCUGUGGUGUUCCAGAUGACCAUCCUGAGGGAUCUGGAGAAGCUGGCCGGCUGGGUCCGUAUCUCCAUCAUCUACGUCCUCAGUGGCAUCACCGGAAACCUGGCCAGCGCCCUCUUCCUGCCCUACCGACCCGAGGUUGGACCAGCUGGGUCCCAGUUUGGGUUGCUGGCCUGUCUGUUUGUGGAGCUCUUCCAAGGCUGGCAGAUGUUAUUGAACCCCUGGAAGGCCUUCCUCAAACUGGUGGGCAUCGUCCUCUUCCUCUUCCUGUGCGGCCUCCUGCCCUGGAUCGACAACAUCGCCCACAUCUUCGGCUUCCUGAGCGGCCUGUUGCUGUCCUUCGCCUUCCUGCCCUACGUCACCUUCGGGAACUUCGACAAGUACCGGAAGAGGAUCCUCAUCCUGCUCUCGCUCGUGGUCUACAUCGGCCUGCUCUCCUCGCUCUUCGUCUGGUUCUACGUCUACCCCAUCCACUGGCACUGGCUGGAGCACCUCACCUGCCUGCCCUUCACCAGCAAGUUCUGCGAGAAGUACGAGAUCGAUCACGUGGUGCACUAGCUCCCGGUCGCCGGAGCUCACGACCUUGCUCGACCGCAUGCUAGCAAGCUACGAGACCUCAGGUACGGGGACGGGAAGCGCAAAGGGAUGGGAGCUGCUAAGGGAAAUGGAUUUUCAAAUUGUUCAGUGUGACCGGCUGGCGGACAAGAUUUUUUGAGGGCCCAGAGAUGGACUCAAAUGUGUUUUGCGCUGUCUUCGGGGAUCGAAUGAUAAUCGGAGCCUCUGAGUCUGACUGAAGUUGCUAUAUCAGUGUAGACUACUGUAAUUGUGGAUAAUGUUAUAGACAGUUACUUUAUCUACGUACUACCAAUGCCUCAUAACUUUUGUACUUCUUUGUUCUACAUGUAUUCAAAAGUAUGGAAAACUAUAAUUUCUCAUUUCAAAUUCUGUUUCAUACUGUGUUCGCGACAUGUCAGUGUCACUGAUAUAACAUACACCAAUUUUCCUCAUACAUUCUGUAUCUUUUUUUUAUACAUAUAUUCAUUAAUUCAUGAUUUGCUUGUCAAGUGUAAGUGCCAGCUAGUGUUACACUGAAUUUUCAUCAGCUGUCAGAUACCAGCUGUUGUAAAGGAACAGUGAGAGUCUUUCAUUUUAAGAUGGAAAAGAUGAAACGCAUUUCAUAAAACCUGCCAGAAUGUCAUCAAACAUCACCAGCUGCCUAAUGCACCAACUAUGCCAUCCGAAUCCUAAAUGUCAAUCUGCUGGUAUUUUCAUUUACUAUCAUAGUUACUACAGCAAAACGACCAUUGGAACUUUGUGCCACAGCCUUAAAGACAGGGCUGGAGUUAUGAACACACACAUAAUUAUGCCAUAUUGGACUUACCCAUGCUAUUACUUUGCUACCUUCUUAGAAAAAAACGAUUUCAAACUGGUAGCGAUGAAAGAUGAUUUCUGGAUUCUCCACUAGAAAUGUCAAUGUUCUGUCUAUUCUGUAAAAAAAAAACAAAAAAACGUUUUGGUAGAAAAUCAUUAGCACUGUAUCUGGCAGUGAUCCAGGAGGUUGUCAAUGGAAGUUACUAGAAGGAGGAAAACUUCCUUGGUCUAUAUUUCAUGUUUGUCUUGGAAGAUGUUUGUCCUAAACCGCUGACAGACACUUCCUGAAAGGUGAACUGCCGCAUUGAAACGGAUUUAGGCAGGACAUAUUCUAGACAAACUUUGCUUUGUCACUUUACUCACCCAGUGGUCUACUGGUGGUGUCCUGGGUGAACGUGACAACCAUUUCAACGGCGGUUAUUAGAUUAUUUUGACAAAUUUGAACAGCCUCUGGAAGUGAUUUACAGCCUCAUUUUUCAUCCCGACUUCUGUGUAGGAAUUCACAGUGCCUUUUUGUGAUGUUUAUACGCCUCGAGUCUUUAAAUUGAACCACUUCCUACUCUGUACUGUACAUUUGCAAAAUAAUUGCAUGUAGUGAAUAUGUUUCUACAUUGGCAAUUGGACCAAAAUAAUUUUGCUAUUUAUUGGACUAAAAAAGGAAAUGUGAGUGUUGUAUGACUAUAUUUUACGUUAUUAUUCAAACUAUGUAUGUAUCAAAUUAUGUAUGUAUAAAAAAAUCACAACGGCCCUGAAAUUAAAUGUAAUUAUGGUA